AGCAUCAGAAAUGAAAAGAGAAACUCGAUACCAGUUAUUAGGAGGAAGGUGGAGUUUCAGCUCAUAACAAGCGAAAGCUAUUUAUAUAAGCAUUUUACAGCAUUUUCCCUAUACAGCAAAUUAGUGCUUGUAUUUUUACUUGUAUUGCAAAUGUAAACCAACUUUAAUAAAAGAAUGAGAACUCGGAAACUGCAUCACUUUGUUUGUAGUGGAAACACAUGCUGCAGUUCUUUGCUUUAAACGUGCAAGUCAUGAAGUUGGGGUCCCUGUGGUGUGUUAUGAUUGACGUCUAAAGACGAGUGGUAUAUAUUGUCUUCCUUCUGUCAAAGUCAUUAAGUGAAACCAUGCAUGAUAACAUAUUCAUUAUUUGUCGUCGUAAUAAAUACCUGAAUUUAGAAUCCAGCCAUGGAGGUCUUGAAGUCUUUCGGUCAUUUCGUUUUUUUAACACAGUUCUAUUUUACUGUCAGUCAAGAUAUGAUUAUAAUUAUACGAAAUCCUGGUGAUGGAGAUCAUUGGACUGAUUUGGAUCAGUUUAAACUUCCUGACUCGAAAUGCAGUAGCGUCUACUGCGAAAACUGGAAAGCUUUUCCUCUUUCAAAGCCUUGCCAUUGUAAAUGUUCCGAUUAUCAGGCAGCCACGUUUGGUUUCUACUCUGGAUCCUGGACAUGUCUGGCUAACACUGAAGUCAGAAAACAAACAGGCAACUGUAAAUACAAGUUCCAAUCUGAGCAAGAUGGCUACCCGCUUAGGAUCUUGGACCAAAGUAMACAMUACAACGUAAUUCUGCCUUCAAGUGGAUGUUCAGUUGACCAAACGAAAUCUCGAUACUUCAAAUGUAAUGGUAGUUCGGAUGGGAUCGAUUCACAGUCGUUUAGCCAAUGGUUUAACAUCAAACACAGCGGAGUUUCAUCCCCAAUAAAUGGCCAUACAUACGAAGUGCUGAAAACGCCACCUCUAUUAUAACAAGUCCAAGUUCUGCAAUACCUAUAACAAACGUUUCUGUUGUAAUACCAGCAACCGCCAAAACAUUAGCUCCAAAUUUUCAGACUACAGCGAAACCAAAUUUCGAUGCAAAAGCAAGUGGAGUUUCGUCGACGGUUGUUAGUGUCGUGGUUACCUUGGCGAUCAUUGUUGUCAUAGUGAUUGUGAUAGUUGCAUACGUGUACCU